AUGCUGGGCCACUGCAUUGCAGAUGGCCGACUGGAGCUAGUAUCGGUCCUGGGCCUCGGAGCUUACGGUGUCGUCUACCUCGCCCGCGACUUGACACACCCGCUCCACCAACAGCCCGGAUUCUAUGCAGUCAAGGUGCUCAACAAAGUCGGCCUUGAUCAACGUCAGCGACGGUUCCAACGCAGAGAGAUCACUCUGCACACGCUCGCUUCGAAUCACCCGAGCGUCGUAGGUCUUCACCGUGUCAUUGACGCGGAUGACGACCCGUGCGUAUAUGUCAUCAUGGACUUUUGUCCUGACGGUGACCUCUUCAGCAUGAUCACAGAGCAGCAGCGAUAUGCCGAUGUCUUCUUCCAAAUCUUGGAUGCAGUUCAGUUCUGCCACGGUCUCGGGAUCUAUCACCGUGACUUGAAACCAGAGAACAUUCUCUGUUUGCAAGGCGGUGCAAGAGUCGUCCUCGCAGACUUUGGUCUGGCUACCGGGGACAAGUUCAGCGGUGAUUUUGGAUGCGGCUCGACAUUCUACAUGGGUCCUGAAUGCCAAGGUGGCAUCACAAAGCGUCUUACUGAGUACGACACCGCAGCCAAUGACGUCUGGUCUCUGGGAGUGAUUCUUGUCAACCUCAUCUGUGGUCGCAACCCAUGGAAGCAGGCUUGCCCCGGCGACGAAACCUUCCGCGAAUAUCUUCGCAACCCAGACUUUUUGCAAGACAUUCUACCAAUUUCAGACGAGACGAACAAGCUUUUGAAACGCAUCUUCACCAUCCGCGAAGAGUGGCGCUGCACGUUGCCAGAGCUCCGCAAGAUGGUCGCCAACAUUUCGCGCUUCACA